UUGCUGCUGCUGCUGGAACACAGACCCGCCGUCAAAGCCACAUUUCCUCCGCUGCUGCUGAAGCGGUCCGCGGGCGAGGUUGAACUUGCAAUACUGAUGUACUUGACCUUUCUCUCACAGCAGCUGCAUUCUCCCCGCUCGGGAGGGGGAGCAGCGGGAGGCCGUGGGGGUUCGUUGGGCACCAGCUGCUGCUGAUGCUGGUACCGGCUGUGCCCUGUAAGGACGUGGUUGUGGCGGCUGCUCUGCUGCUGCACUCCUCUCGUCACCUGCUUCUGGUGUCCGCCGUACCACACAUGGGGCUUCUUCACUUUUCUUUGAAAAUAAUUGCGGCGGCAGCGGCAGCGGCGACAGCGGCAGCGGCGGCGGCAGCGGUAGUGGGAGCGGCGGUGCCGCAUCACCUGCUGCCGGUGCCCGUGCCAGAGUUCCACCACGGAUCUCUGCAGCUGGUUCAGCUUCUUCUAACAGUAGUAGUGCCUCUGCACUCCAACGUAGUGCUGGUGGCCCCACUUCCGCCGAAAGUCCAGAAUCGAUACCGCUUGAGUGAGAAGCGGGCCGCCGACAAACGUGCGAAGCGGGUGGAGGCGAUCGCGAACAACCCUGCUGCACCGGAGCGAGAGGAGGGCAUCGAGAGGGACCGUGCGGUCGUCAGCCUGGCCCAACGGAGGCGGGCACAUGCCAACGUCGCGGAGGGGGCAGGCAGGAAUAUCGACAGUCGGGGAGCCAUGGCCACGAGAACCCCCAAGAAAGAUGCCCAGGUACCAGUUCAUGACCGGAUCAAAGAGUUCCCGAACCAAACCUUCUACAUGAUCAACACUGGGAAGAUGGGCUGCCGUGCGUGCUUCGGCAAGGAAGUCAGCCUGCACAGUUACCGGGUGAAGGACCACAUCAAGGGGAAGAAGCACCAGAAAAGGGUGGCGAUAAUGCUGGCGACAGAUGAGGAGGAUAAAGUGAGCUUGCUUGUAGUGGGGACGCUCCGCGCUUUCGCUAAGCGCUCCGAGGAGGAUGGAGGGAGUUACGGAGACACGCUGUCCGACAAGGACAAGCUCACACAGAUCAAGGCGGUGAAAGGUUGUUUGGCGGCAGCUAUUCCGCUAAACGCGCUGGGCAACCCUGUGUUCGGGGCGUUCCUCGCGCACUUCAACGUGAAUUUGCCUCACUCCGGGCAUCUGGCUAAGCACAUACCAUUGAUCCUCGAGGAGGAGCAAGCCAAGGUGCGAGGUGAGAUUGGCGACCGACCCUACGCGCUGUGCUUCGACGCCACUCCUUACCUCUGCGAGUGCUUCGGGGUUGGGGUUCGGUUCAUCGGCUCAAGUGGGCAGGUGGCACAGCGCGUUCUGCGGUUGAGCAUGCUGAAGAAGAGCAUGACGGCGAGCGACAUUGCUGGUGAGGUCAACCGCAUCGUCACCCAUGAGUACGGCCUCGACCCGGACAAGUGCCGAGCCAUCAUGGGUGACAGCUGCGCGGCAAACCUCCUAGCGAUGGACGCACUGGCGAAGUUGUUCAGAUACGCGAUCGUCAUCGGCUGCUUGUCCCACACGUUCAACAACAUCGGCAAGCAGCUGAGCAGCCUGGAUUUGGACGCGUUCCUUGGCAAAAUGCACACCCUGCUCUCGCACAGCGCUGGAGCGAAGGCGCUCUUCAAAGAGAAAGUCGGAGUCCGCGCCCCAUCGACGCCUGGGCACCGGUGGGGCUCCAGAUUCGAUCGGGACUACGUGAUCGCCAUGAACUGGCCUGGAGUGUUGGAGUUCAUCGCCGCCUACGAGAGCGGAGACACGGACAAGAGCAAGGCGGCCAAGUUCAUGAGGGACGAGCUUGUGCGAGUUCGCGACGACAACAAGACCCAGAGCUUACAUCUUCAGAUGCAGCUGGCUUUGAUGGUGGACGUCGGCCGUUCCGCGCACAAGACUUACAACAUCGUGGAGCGGUUCCGCAGCAAGCUCGAGCUGGCUGAAGACGGUGUUUUCUCAAACGACGUUUCCUUGCCCACCGUCUCUGCUCUUCUCGCUAAAUACAUCGGCCAAGGAGACGACCUGGACGCGCUGGACCCCCUUCGCCAGUACGCACACGACAAGAUCGGACGCCAUUCCCAAGCGAGGGACGCCAAGACCUUGGAGGUGUUCAAGGCCGCGAAGCUCACGGACUUCACGUUCAUGAAAGGCAGGAAGUACUCCGAUGACACCAUUCGCACCCUCAAGGUGCUCCCGUUCGUCAAGAAGAAGAUGGUCAGGGGGCUGUUGAAGGAGAAGGAAGACUUCUACAUGGCGGCCAGUGACACAGAAGCCGAGUACGGCCACAUGGCUUUCUGGAACGACAACAAGAAGAAGCUCCCUACGUGGCACGCCUUGGUGUUGGAUGUUGCUCUCUUGCAACCAUCCUCUGCGUUCAUGGAACGAGUGUUUUCCAUCCUGCGGUGUUGCUUUAAUGAGCGACAAGAGCACGUGUACAGCGACCGUAUUUGCGCUUCAGUACUGCUCAAGUACAACAGGGGCCGGGCCCAGAGUAGCUCAGCAGAGAUGGGGGGUGGCGCCGAAGAUGCCAACAACGGCGGCGGUAGCGACGAAGAAAGCGAUGACAGCAGCGAUGAAGACAGCGACUGA